AUGGCGAGCUCCACAGAAACUGUUGCAGAAGUUGUCACUGCGGCGUCACAGCUUGAUCAGGAUAUGGUGACUCGGCUUUUAAAUGGCAGUCUUCAUGCGAGCUAUCCUCCUAUUGAGAGAUUCAUGACCAUCGACGGCUUACUCAGGUCCCAUGCUUCUCAGCCGGACCAAGCAGAUAUCCCAUUGAUCUGCUAUCCCGUUCUCGGCGCCGCAGAUUUCGAAAAGCAUACCGCUGGCGAUCUGGACCGUUUCACUGAUGCCGUUGUCCAGUACUAUAUGAGGUGUGGUCUUGUACCUGCUGAACCCAGACUCGAAGAGGCGCCUGUUAUCGGUGUUCUGGUGGGAUCGAGCUUCGAGGUGAUAUUGACCAUGUUCGCUCUCAAUCGUCUUGGCUACGCAGUCCUCUUUUUGUCGACACGAUUGACGGCCCCGGCAUAUUCAAGAUUGCUUGCAUUGGCAGGCUGUCGUACUCUGAUUGUUGCAGAGCAAUAUGAGCAGGUCGUACGAGAAAUUCGUGAAGAAUGCCCCGACUGUGUCAGUUUUCCCGUGUUGAAACGGCAAGACUGGUUCGCUCACCACCCUAACUCGGCGCCGUUUGUUCGUUCCAAUGUGAAUCCAUCGCGCGAAGGGCGGAAAAUUGCUUGGAUCCUUCACUCGUCUGGGAGCACUGGGCACCCGAAGCCAAUAUUCCUCUCCAAUCUUCAGACCCUGGCCAACUGGCGGAAGAGCUUCGGUCUCCGAUUCUUUACAACAAGCCCUCUUUUCCAUUCUUUCGCACUGAUGGAACUUGGCCGAGCCUUGUACACACGGGCGACGGCAUUCUUCGGGAAUCACGCUCUUCCGACUACGUUCCAGAACCUGCAUGAUGCUUUGGAGGUCGCCCAGCCUGAGCAGUUCAGCGCGGUUCCCUAUGUGAUUAAACUGUUAGCGGAAAGACCUGAAGGAGUGGAAGCAUUAGCCAAACCCAAGAUUGUCCUAUUUGGUGGCUCGAGUUGUCCGGAUGACCUUGGUGAUCGUCUCGUUGCGCAGGGUGUCAAUUUGGUGGCCAACUAUGGAGCCACGGAGACGGGCCAGAUCAUGACCUCAUUUCGGCCAGCCGGUGAUAGCGAAUGGCAAUAUAUGAGACUUCGUCGUCCAGUGGCUGAUUUUACGCUUAUGGAUGAGAUCUCCCCAGGGGUAUUUGAGUGCGUCGCGCUGGCUGGCUUGCCUAGCAAGGGACCGUCCAAUUCAAAGCCGCCGUACAGCGAGAAUAAUCCUGCCAACAGCUUUCGGACCGCCGAUUUGUUUACUCGACAUCCUGAUCCGAAGAAAAAGAAUUUUUACAAAUACCUUUCCCGACUGGACGAUCGCAUCACUUUGGUCAAUGGGGAAAAAGUGCUACCAAUCCCCGUCGAAGGCCGUAUCAGAGAACAGCCUCUUGUCCGUGAAUGUGUCGUCUUCGGCUACCAGCGCACCGUGCCUGGGGCUCUCGUAUUUCGUUCAGCGGAGCAUGGAAGAAAUUUGAGCAACGCCGAAUUUCUUGAGGCCAUCUGGCCUGCUGUCGAGGCGGCCAAUUCUCGAGCAGAAACCUUCUCUCGCAUCCCGAAGGACUUGGUUAUCGUGCUGGGUGAGAGUGUCAAAUAUGCCGCGACGGACAAAGGUACCUUCAUUCGCGCACAAGUCUAUCAACAAUUUUCAGGUGAAAUCGAGGCAGCUUAUGCCAAUUAUGGUGAAAUCAACAGAAAAGGAGGACUGGCGCUGGACCCGCCGGCUCUUGAAGACUGGCUUCUGACUCGGUUUCGCGUUGAUCUUGGGAUUCCAUUGGCAGAUGCAGAUGCCGACAUUUUUGCUGCAGGCGUGGACAGUUUGCAGACCACGCAAGUUUGGAGAUCCAUUGCGCGGGAUCUGGAUCUUGGAGGAAAUACAAAUACUUUGAGCCAGAAUAUUGUCUUUGAGAAAGGCACCGUCCACGCACUCGCGGAACAUCUACAUCAUAUGCGAGUUGGACAGGACACUGUCGGCGAAGACGAGAUACAGAUCAUGCGCGACAUGAUUCAAAAAUAUUCACACUUCGGGCAUCACCACCCAACCAUUUCCCGACAGCCAGAAAAGCAAGUAGUACUUGUCACUGGAGCCACUGGCAACCUCGGUGCAUUCAUCAUUGCUGAGAUGCUAAAGCGGUCCGACGUCUCUGAAGUAUGGGCUCUUGUGCGAGCUCCGGGGCCAGCUGCCGCGGGUGUCCGUGUCUACCAAGCAAUGGCUGAUCGCAAGAUUCACUUGACCGAUGCGCAAGCUUCUAAGCUACGAGCCGUGGCCGGCGACUUGUCGCAAGCUAAUCUAGGCCUGGAGAGCCAUGUUCUAGAGCAUCUCCUAUCUUCUUUGACAUGUAUCGUUCACAGCGCCUGGGCUGUCAAUUUCAACCUCGGAGUGCGCUCAUUCGAGCAACAACAUAUCCGUGGGACACACAAUCUAAUCAAUUUUUGUUUACGGUCCAAGCUACCUCUCCCCGCACGUUUCUUCUUCUGCUCGAGCGUCAGCACUGCAUGCAAUGCGCCAAAGCCUGCCGUGAUUCGCGAAAGUGUCAUCAAGGACCUACACUACGCUCAAGCCACUGGUUAUGGCCGCUCCAAACUAGCCACGGAACUGAUUACUCACAACGCUAUGCGCCAAACAGGGCUACAAGCCCGUGUACUGCGUAUUGGACAAUUGAGCGGCGAUACUGUACAUGCUCAAUGGAACGACACCGAGGCGGUUGCGCUGAUGUUCCGCAGUGUGUUGACUACCGGCGCUCUUCCUGAGUUGAGUGAGAGCCCGGCAUGGUUGCCCGUUGAUCAAUGCGCGAAGGCAGUUACGGAGCUUGCCAUGAAGAGCGAGGCUUUUGACCCGGACCCCGAGUUGGUUUAUAACUUGGUCAACCCCCAGAAAUUUAGCUGGAAGGAUGACUUGCUUCCUGUUUUGGCUACAGGCACCAAGUUGCCACUUUUCGAGAUUGUCUCACCUCAGGAGUGGCUUCAACGACUCGAAUCUAGCGAGCAGGAUCCGGAGAAGAACCCGAGCAUCAAGCUCGUGGAUUUCUGGCGUGGAAAAUUUGGGGGAAAGCAAGGGUCGUCAGCGAGUAUUGCACUGUCACAGACGCAGGCUACGCUCCAGUUUGAGACGUGUCGUACGGUGCGAGAUUGUCCUAGCCUGGGCCUAGUGAAAGAUCCUGUCACGGAUCAUUUGGUACAGCGGUAUAUUGAAGUAUGGAUGCAGCGAUGGAUGAAAUAG